CGGUGGUCCAUUACGAAAUUCAAGCGGCAUCACCGAACAUCGCGCCACGGUCGUGUCGAGAUGUCGACACCUGCCGCUGCACCGCCUAUGACGGCGCUGGAGGAACAGAGACGCCGACUUCAGCUCGAGCGCGAAAAGAUGCGCUCUCGAAGUCGGCCAAAACCCGCAGCGGACGCAAAAUCUGUCGUGCACCAGGAACCGACCGCGAGUGACGCGACCAGUGAUCGACGAAGCUCAUCUCGUGAAUCCAUCUCGCCACCGAGUCCACUGGAAUCCCGAUCCAGCUCGUCAAGUCGCCACGGGCAUGGAAGUGUUGUGAAUGUGCCCGCGUUCCCGUUGUUCCGGCCAGAAGCGUCAACUGAAAGAAAGGCGCGCGGGUCCAACGACAAGCUCAAAGUGUCGGCCUGGAACAAGGUGAAAUCCAUCGACGUCAAGCGCGAGUUGGCGGAAAACGUUGUUGUGCAAGUGCUGGACGACUCAGAGGCAUCCUUGCCGCAGGCAGCGAGCGCUGUCGACACACCGUUUCGAAUAUCAGUCCAGCUUCGAGACACGUCAUGGCGGGUUACUCGCCGCAUCAGCGACUACAUUUUGCUUCGUCCACUGGUCCCGAACCUUCCUCCACUGGAUGCAAUCACAGCCGACAUGCCGUACGCCGCGGUGCGCAUGUCGUUCCAGGUCGCGCUGCAAUCCGCAGUGCGUCUCAUCGAUCCAUGGACCACAGAUGCGUUCGUAGAGUUCUUCGACAACCACUUCGGCAUCUUUGCGUUGAUGCUGCAUGCCAAGCAACUCACAGAUCGGCUCGUCACGGUCGAAACUGCGCAUGCGACAACAAAGGCUCAUCUAAAGGCGUGUCAAGAUGCGGUCGGGAGCCAGCAAGUCCUCCUCAACACCCUCAAGCAGCUUCCUGCGCCGACGACGGCCGCUUGCCCCACUGCUCCGCCAUCGUUCCUGCCGCUCGCGUCGUCGUUCCCGUCUGCGUUGUCAGCUCCUUUUACGGCAUCCCCACCUUCGUCGGCACUUUGGGAGUCCACGUGGGGGUCGGCCUCGCCUACAUUGUGCAUGUUGUCAACACCCUCACGCCACCUCGCGACUCAAACCCCCAUGUGGGUGCCAUCCAACGACUUACCGACUGCAGCCGACCUCCGCAUCGUUCGAGUCGUGUCCCAGCUUUCGCCGACGCCUGCUGCCGUCACCCACCGUCUCCGCAUCUUCCACUCGAUCUCGUCCAUCAUCAAGAGGAAAUUGCUGCCGGUGCAGGCCCAAGUGAUGCUCGUCGGGGGCUCUGCCGCCCACGUCUUCCUGCCCGACUCACCGUUGCGCAUCGGUGUAUUUAUCCCGUCCAACUCGUCGACCACGACGCCAUCAACGUCGGCCGAUCUGCACUGGCACAUGAAGGUCAAUGAAGGUCUUUGCCAAGCCAGCAACGCCGUGUGCCAUGCACCGUGCACGAACGAUGACAGCACGUCGUUGCUCCUGAUUCAGCACGUCGAACUGAGCAACGCCGUCGGCAACGACCCCCACGUCACGUGCAACGUCGGACAAGUCAUGGUCGACAUUUGUGCCAACCCGAUGCACGACAUUCGCGCCGCGUAUUUUAUUUCAUCCAUCGACUCUCUGAUCGGUCGCAAUCACCUCUUCAAGCGAAGCGUGCUGCUCGUGCAUGGGUGGCUCCUCUACGAGGGCAAUACUCCGUCAGGGUCGGCAUCGCACAGUUCCGACCCCCGCAGCACCUUUGCCAGCAACGGCUUGUUCAACGACAGCGCCACCAACCCGUCGAGCCUGUCGUUGUAUGCGAUAGCUACGCUUGUGUUGUACGUGUUCAACUUGUUCCACGACUCGAUUCACAUGCCGUUGCAAGCGGCUGCCCACUUUUUCGGGUUGUUUGCGGCAUUCCCAUGGGACGGCUUUUGCGUCGCGAUCGAAGGACCGCGCGAUCUCCGUAGCCUGACGUCGCCGCCCCAGCGACCUCGAGACGGUGCCGCGCCGCUUUGGUUGUCCCAGCAAAUCCUGCGCAUGCACCGAUCGGGUCAACUGGACCCGCCCAUGGCUCCAGUUGGACCGCACACCGCCGUCUUUUGCAACGACGAAGUCAAGGACGAGUCGGACGCCGACGAAGUCGCCCGGAUGCUGCAAUUUCCCAUCAAGAGCAUCAACAUUAUGGACCCCAUCGACUCCCGCGUGAACCUCGGCCAUGCGCUGUCGGCCAAACAAGCGACACAGUUCCGACAAGCCCUCGACCACGGCGCGACGAAACUGCAUAGUGUGUUGGCUGCCAUGAAGAAAGAGAUGACUGCUGCAGUCUCGACGUCCCUCGGCUCCACGUCGAGUGUGUCGCUUCUAGACGGAUGCUUCCGCGGUGUCUCGACGCGUUUCCAAAGCGGGUGGCGUCCUGACACGGCCGUCGUCGUGCCGUUCGACCACCCGGAUCGCCAUGCACUGGCCGAUGAUCUGCUCCAGAGUCUCACCCUCCUUCCGCAAGACUCGUCGUCGAUGCCACCAGCACUGUGUCCAUUCUCGACCUCGCUCGAUGCACCGCCACCUGAAGACACCCUUGCCGUGUGCCUGGAAUCCCUUCGGUACCGUUGGGAAGUGGAUUGUGCCACUCGUUGCGAUGUUUCUUGACGCGGCGUGUAGACAUGACGUAUUGGUGUGUGACUUUGUCGUGACUGGGCGCGUGACGGCGCCGGCGGUCUACUCGAUGGCGAUGGAAGUACUGGCAAACCGCGGUGCCAUGCCGAUUGGCGAGAUUGGCAAGUGCCUUCAGGAGAUGGUCACGUCGACGGCAGCGGCGCUCUCGGUCGUGUUGAAGGAACAGUUUGGUGGCCUCAAGAAAUUCCUCGAGCAGUACCCUGCCGUGUUCAUCGUGAGCUCGGACCACCCGUUCAACCCCAAAGUAUAUUUGCAACGGUGCGUCUGUCGCUGACGUCGUCGGAGCCGUGGCCUCACGGACGGCAUAGGAUGCUCACCGAGAGCAGUGCUGCCCAAGUGCUGGACGGCACCCUCGUCGACGCAUCCCGGAAAAAGAAACCCAAACCCACCCGAAGGAAGAAGCACGACAAGGACGACGACGCCAAUUCGCCGCGAUCGAUCUCGCUUGCAUUGCUGCCAUCCGAACAAGGCCAUGCUGGACCUCCGCCACCGGGUUUCGGAUUCCCUUCCUCCCAGCACGGUCGCAGUCUCUCCUUUGAGUCGUCCCUGAAGAAGUCCGCCGCCGCGUUCGUUCCCGCGGACCACAUCAGUCGCCGCAUGAUGGAAAUGCCGACGAAAUCGUAGUAUGAUAACAUGUGAUUGGCGGAUUUGGCAUUUGUCCCCGUGGUUUCAACCAAUCAAAUCGCAUUCGUCAAUAGGCUUGAUUAAAGUAUGUAUUUC